CAUUUCGAGCGACUGAAAUUACAGAUGUCCUAACUAGUGAAAAGUGCUUGGUAUAUCUGGGGAACCUACGGACGUUGCGGAGCUAAGCGAGUUCACUGGCUAGGGAUUGGUUAGUUCAAAAAUGGGAGGGAAAAGAAAAAUUUAUAACGGAAAUCCUUUUUGUUGACAAGUGAUGGCUGGAGCUGAGUUCCACCAAUAGGAGUUCAGCUUGAGGAUCCGGUAGGGUAUAUAUUGGGCCCAUAGUGAGUUUAACAUCAUUCGAUAUUUUUUAAAUCUCUGAAACUCAUUUGAAAAUGACUGGUCGCGGCAAAGGAGGAAAAGGACUCGGCAAGGGAGGCGCCAAACGUCAUCGCAAAGUUUUGCGUGACAACAUCCAGGGAAUCACCAAGCCGGCCAUCCGUCGUCUUGCCCGUCGUGGUGGUGUCAAGCGAAUCUCUGGUCUCAUCUACGAGGAGACCCGCGGUGUGUUGAAGGUGUUCCUUGAGAACGUGAUUCGUGACGCCGUCACCUACACUGAACACGCCAAGAGGAAGACGGUGACGGCCAUGGACGUCGUCUACGCACUGAAACGCCAGGGCCGCACUCUGUACGGUUUCGGCGGUUAAAUCUUUUCUAGCUAUUGAUACUCCGAUCUUUCAAUCCAAUCGGCCCUUUUCAGGGCC